AUGUCCGUAGCAAUCGAUUCCAUUAAGGUUUAUAUAAACCAAUUUAUUCAUAAUUUCGACUAUGUCGAUGCUGUCUUUCUUGCUGAACGUUUAUACGCUGAAGUAAAAAACGAUGAAUCGACUUAUUUAUUAGCACGUACUUAUUAUUUGAGUGGUGAUGUGAAUAAAUCUUAUUGGCUAUUGCGGAAUUCUUCAAUAGAACACUUGCCAGUCGCCAAACUGCUUUUAGCAAAAUGUUGCUUCGAUACAGAUAAAUUGCAUGAAGCUGAAUCAGUACUAAUUGGAAAUUGCUCAUCGAUAAAUACACUAGCACUAGAUGACUUCGUCAUUGAUCAUAAUGAUCAAGCAGCUUUUGCGUUGCAAUUACUUGCAAAAGUUUGCGAAAAAUCUGAUCGUCAUCAAAAGGCAAGCGAAUGUUAUCGAAAAUCUUUGAAACUCAAUCCGUUUCUGUGGUCGUCUUUUGAAGCUCUUUGUCGUUUGGGCGAACGCGUUGAUUCAAGCAUAUUUUGCUCCUCAGCUAUAAAAUCCAAUCGAACAAUCUCAGAAGCCAAUCAACCACAAAUAUGUGUGACACCCUAUACUGAACAAAUAAAAGAUAUUCAAAGUGAAAAUCAAGCUAUCGAUAAUUCGAUGAAUACAAGUACAAAUCAAGCAAUCAAAGAACGGCAACAUCCACGUAUAUUGCAGGCACCAGCAACCGUAAUGAAACUAACUGAUUCUAUACUCAAUGUUGGCUCAGCAAAUAUUUCCGCUCUGAUUACGUCAACACCCAUCGCUUUACUUGCUGAACAACUACAAGAUAACGAUAAAUAUACUCCGCCAACUAUUAAACCGCCAGAUUACAUUCCUUCCUUACGCAAUCCACCGUUAGCACCCAAAAGGCAGAACACGCGAAAUGUACAACAGUACGGAUUCGAUGAUACUGCCGCAUCCGGAUCGACGGCGACACUUAUACAUAGACAUGAACUGGCCUCGACCUCACUAAGUGAUACUCGAAAAACGAUUGGCACACGAAAGGAAAACAAAUCCACUCGCGCGCCAACGAAACGUACAACACGUUUAACAAAAACUACCAGUCGUCCACCAUGUGCAGAUAUGAGUAUAACCACACCGGCAACUCCAGCUGAAUCGCCAAACAAAAUGACAACUAGAUCUCAGGUGCGAUCCAAUAAUUCAAGUUUGAACUGUGCCAUCGAUAGUGAAUUUAUUGGUAAACGCGAUCGACAGAGAAAAAGUCAAUCAAGUCAACAUCAACGUACGCCAGAAAUUGUUGAAAAUAUUAUCAACGUAUUCAAAUUACUUGGUCAAGGUCUUCAACAUCUAUCUCAAUUUGAAUGUCGACAAGCAAUCGAAUUAUUUGAAUCGAUAUCCCUGAAACACCUCGACACACCAUGGGUUCUGUCCCAUUUAGCUAACUGUUAUUACCAUUUACAUGAUUACCAGAAGUCUGCGUUGAUCUAUCGAGAAUUACGUACAAAGUAUCCAUAUCACAUCGAUGGACUAGAAUAUUAUAGUACAGUUCUAUGGCAUUUGAAAGACGAUAUUGCAUUGGCGACAUUAGCACAUGAAUUAACCGAAACCGAUCGUAAACAUCCAGCUGUAAGUAGAAUUUAUUUAUUUCUCUAA